AUGGAGUUAUAUUAUUUGAUUACUAUUUUAAGUUUUGUAACAUUCUGCUCAUCUAACAGAGAAAUUAUUUCAUUUAUCACACCUGAAAACUGUUCUGAGCGCGAGUAUUUUGUUCCCAGUUUAAUGACAUGUAGACAAUGCAACGAUCACCAGAAAUCAUCUUUAGAUCGGUUAAGUUGCAUUUGUGAAAAAAAUAGCAAAAUUGUUGAUAAAGUUUCAGAGUUUUCUUCUUGUGAACCAUGUCCAUCCAACUUCACUGCCACAUUGGAUCAUUUGCAUUGUUUGAAAAAGCCAAAUGUUACGUGUGGAUUAAAAGACAUAGAAUUGGAAACUGAACCUAACGGUUUGCCAUUGGCUAAAAAAUCGUGUAUCCGCUGUUCACCUGGAACAUUCCCGUCGUUAGAUCAUACACAGUGUUUACCCUGUCAAGUGGUGAAUUGCACAUGUCCACAGACUUCACACGAAUGGCUUUUAGACGGAACCCUGUGCGUGUUCAGCCAAAACCUGACUUUGUGGCCCGACGAAAGGGAAACGCACAUCGUCGAAUACGACGUCGUUGGUGUGGAUGUGGAGUCCAAGUAUUUGAAAAAGCAUUUGAGGGCACUUCUGUAUAAAUGCGUCAAAAUGAAAAACAGGAUGUCGUGCGAGUCUCUUGGAAACCUGUGCACGAUUCAAAUGUACAAGGACGAGCGGAAAGUCAAUCCAUGCAGGGUGUUUAAAGACUACAGACGCAUACCAACGUCAUCGGAUGCUGACCGUUUGCCAUUGCCUUGGAUUUACUACGGCGAAGGAGAUGCUUCUGUUGCGUUGAACAGGAAAAAAAUCACAUCUAAGUACACCAUAAGACCUGGGAGUCGUAAAAGCAAAUUGCAGCUGGUUGCGGCCAGAUAUAAUUUGAACGGAUCGUUAAUUAAAUUAUCCGAAUUGAGUCCCGUCGAGCUUCAACUGUGUCCUGGAUUAUGGAACGGCAUCGAGUCGGCAUUUCGGUUUGGUGCUCGAUACUUCCAGACAUGCAAUAUACCAGCGAAACAAUUGAUCGGACAAUUAGUGUCCACAGAGCCCAUAUUUUAUGACUUUUACUUACAAUACGAUGACGGUAAAAAGAACAUGUUGUACGCAAUACCGUUGUUGGUGCGAAACAUUAAAGUGGGAUCAACGUACCCAAAUAAAGGCAGAGAUAUAUCACAAUGGUUGUUAACAAGACGCAUGUUUCUGAUGGAUCUGUUUAGUGGAAUCUCUACUAAGACCCAAGGUUUGCCAACGGUCAUACAAUACUUAAAAACCGUUAAACUCGUAGUACAAGCUCAACGUGAAAUUGAAAACGAAGGAAAUAUCUAUCCUCCUUUUAUGGUUUUAGAAUACGGUCAGAUAACUGAUGAGAAUGUAUCGUCAAAUGAGCUGUGCCCAGUGACGUUCACAGUCGAAUUUUAUAUGGAAAACGAUAUACUGCAUUAUGUUGACAUGAGUUUGGGUAUUCUUAGUGGCUGUGUGUUCAUCUGGAGCUGUAUACACACUUGGAGUGAAUCAAAACGAUGUGGAAGAAUGGCAAUUGACUUGUGGACAGUUGGACAAUUUGCAAUUACUUGUUGCUCGCAUUUUGCCAAUAUGAUAUUUGUGGUUUGUCUACUAUUGGCUGUUCAUACAUUGUUCUUUUAUAAAGCUCAGAGUGUUGUUUACAUUCUUUUACCGUCUCAAGAUCUGGAAGCUGUUGUUAAUCGUUAUGUAGUUAUUGCAUUCCUAUUAAAAAUUGUUGAAAUUGUACGAUUAAUAUGGAAACAAACAACCAUUGAUAUAUUUUUAGUAGAUUGGGAAAAACCAAGAAUUUCACCAAAUCAGAAACAAAAUGGUAUAAUGGCUACACAAAAGCAAACUGUAAGCAUAUGGAGAAGCUAUUUUGUAGCAAACGAAUGGGCUGAAAUACAGACAAAAAGAAAAAUUAGUUUGCCAUUGCAAAUCUUGUUUACUAUACUCCUCUUAAAAAUUUAUGGUUUGGAAAAUUGGGCUGCAGCUGAGCCCGAAGUGCAUUUAACCGAAGUCCCGUAUAGACCGAUUAGUCAACUUUUAGGAUUUGGUAUGCUUGUUAUCGUGUUCAGUAUUGUGUACAUAGUUCAGUGGAUAACGACAGUAGCAAUAUAUGAGAGGUACAUAAAGAAUUGUAUUCAGCAGUUUGUCGAUAUCUGUUCGUUGGCCAAUAUCAGUGUGUUCAUUUUGUCUGCGGAAUUUUUUGGUUACUAUAUACAUGGCAGAUCUGCCCAUGGAUUUUCGGAUACUGACAUGGAGAGUUUGAUUGGCCAACUGAGAAGAGAAGAAGACAAUAUGGUAAGGCACAGAGGUUUGAUGCCAGGUACGGAGAAUCAGACGUUCGAAAUGACUAUUCCUUCAUCUUUGAAGACAUACUACCGACGAGUUAUGGCACCCUUGAACAAUAUCCAAUCCAAACAGAUCUCAGGCUCAUCGUUUAGAAUUAAAAAAGUAGAUAAAACAGAUAUGGUAAAAAUAGGCCAAGCAUACAAUAAUAUGAAUAAAUUCUUAGCAGCUUUCUUGGAUCACGCUUUAAAAGAUUUGGAUUAUGAAAUUCGUGAAAAGACUUUCGUCGAGAAGCUAUUAGGGAUUGAAUACUCAGACCCUUUGGACAAAGGAGUAUUUUUCAUAGAUGACGGGCAUUCGUUUGAUCAAGUGAUUUUUUACGGAAAUGAGUGUACUUUAGUAAUAUUUGACUUGAUGAUGUUGUCAUUUUUUUAUGUACUUACGGAAAAUAUCGUGCUCUCUGGAAUUAUUACAGGAUUUUUAAUCAAGGUAAUGAGCGUCAUCAGAACAACAUUUGGCAAAAGGAAUUUGGCCAAGAAAACCUUAAUUGAUGAGAGGUUUUUAAUAUAA